AUGGGCCAGCACAUAUCUCCGGCGGGCAGCGGCCACUCCCCCGAUCCCGAUGGUGGCAAUAUGUUGGGCGAGACCCAGCUGCCCGUGCCGGUGCAGAUCGGUCGGAAGCGGCGCUGGAACAAGGACGCCGCCGCCGCCGCCGCCGCCAGCGACGAAGAAGCCAGCGAUGUUAGCCCCACGGAGGAGCAAGCCCCUAUGGACAUCGCAGCUAGCCCAACCCGCGACAAGGAGGAGGAGGAGGAGGAGGAGGAGGAGGAGAUGGGUGAGCACCCCCCUACGGAGAUCGGCAGUUCUUCGAUCGCCUCAGAUGUGGAGGAGGAGGAAGUGACCGAGGAGCCUGAGAUUCCAAUGUGGGACAGCGAUGACGAUGGUGGAGUUAUGCGCAUGACCAAGGCCGAGCUCCAGGAGCUUCACAUUGCCUGCGUCAAAGGCUUCACCGAGUUGGAUCCCAGGAAGAAUCUUUGGGUCCACACCCGCUUCUGCAGCUUCAAUAUAGGGGGCUUCGACCUCGAUAGAGAGUCUAAGUUUGGCCUUGGGCCGCCGCUUUAUGACAAUCUAACUCCCAAGUUGGAGAGGUGCAUGGUGUCGUUUGCUGUCAAUGUCAUUUCCGUCAAAGUAACCGAAUCGGACCGGGGUUAUCCAAUCAGCGUAUAUGGCACUGUUGUUGCAAGGGAUACGAUUGACUACAGAUGUGUCUAUCUCUUCAGACGUGCAAGGGAAGAUCCCCAGAUCAUCAACUCCAAGAAACGUUUCUUGUCAUUCUUGCUUGCAAUUACCACUAUUCAGAAGCUUAACAUCGUAUUGGAUACACUUAUGUUUGCAAAAAUGGAUGAUAUGCUAACAUUGAUAGGUCCACGGCGAGGAUUAGUUCAGUUAGAUAAUAUUUAUUUUGAGUUGAAUCUGAGGGUGAAGGGUGAUGCUGGCGACGAAGAUUUUAGCAAAGGUGUGGUAGUGCUCCAUGUUGGUCCCUAUGAUCCUGAACCAAUCACAAGGGUGCUGAGCAGUUGGCUAAGCAGAGUGGAGUUGGUGCUUGCAACUGUUGAAAGUCCAGUGGCAGCUAGCCUUGAAGUCAAUGUUUUGAAAGGAGCAGCACCUUUCAGUGGCAAAAUAUGUGCUGGGACUAGUGAAAACCCGAAGACUCAGAUGAUUGUGUAUGAUAGCAGAGAUACGAAGAGCGGCUCCUCUGUUGUGUUAACUCGCAACCUCGUAGCUGUCCCUGACCCGGAUGGCGACGAAGAUGAAAUUGGUGUCUAUGUUCGCUUCCUUGAUGAUGGCGAUGACGUCGAUGAUGAGGAUACAGGCACCUUGGUCAAGCUAGCAUACCCUGCUGAAGAGCAAGUUUGCUGUCACCGCGCCUGGGAGCUGCAAGUGAAGGUUUCCUGGACUGCCAUCCUGUGCAAACCAAUGGCAAAACAUGUCUUAACAAGAGGGACCAGUAUGCCCAGGGAUUAUACUUGCCCUAGGUAUGCGCCUCGGUUCUGA